UCCCAAGGGGCGAGGCCUCGCGGAAGGACAUCCCUCAGAGAGACCUUGCUCUAUCCGAGCCAUUCAGUUAUCUGAGAUGGGGCCCGCCCCUUUAUCUCAGAUAACAGGGGCUCUACUGUAGUUACAAAGUUGGCAUACCAAAUGUGUGAUUCAGUCUUUCUGAUAUACUGUGGCAGAGGCUGGAGACAAGAUACCAUAUGAUAAAACAAUUCCUAUAGUUGUAAUUACAUUGUGACUGUUUCUAUAUGAUAGCCCAUUAUGCCUUUGAUAUCAUGUUGAUGGCCAAAAGUGAGGAAGAGCUGAGGAGCCUUAUCACCAAGGUGAAAGAAGAAAGUGCAAAAGCUGGGUUACAGUUAAACGUCAAGAAAACCAAGAUCAUGGCAACUACACCUAUUGAUAACUGGCAAAUAGAGAGAGAAAAAGUGGAGGCAGUGUCAGACUUUAUAUUUCUAGGCGUGAAGAUCACUGCAGAUGCAGACUGUAGCCAGGAAGUCAGAAGACGUUUUCUUCUUGGGAGGAGAGCAAUGGCCAACCUUGACAAAAUAGUGAAGAGCAGAGACAUCACACUGGCAACGAAGGUCCGCAUAGUCAAAGCAAUGGUAUUCCCCAUAGAAACCUAUGGUAGCAAGAGCUGGACCAUAAGGAAGGCAGAGCGAAGAAAGAUAGACACUUUUGAACUCUGGUGCUGGAGGAAAAUCCUGAGAGUGCCUUGGACCACAAGAAGAUCCAACCAGUCCAUAUUCCAGGAAAUAAUGCCCAGCUGCUCACUGGAGGGAAGGAUAUUAGAGGCAAAGAUGAAGUAUUUUGGCCACAUCAUGAGAAGACAGGAAAGCUUGGAAAAGAUCACAAUGCUGGGGAAAAAUGAAGAGAGGCCAACCAAGGGCAAGAUGGAUGGAUGGUAUCCUUGAAGUGACUGACUUGACCUUGAAGGAACUGGGGGCGGUGACAGCCGACAGGGAGCUCUGGCGUGGACUGGUCCAUGAGGUCACAAAGAGUCGGAGACGACUAAAUGACUGAGCAGCAGCAUCAUGUUGAAACCGUGUGUUCUCUCCACACUAUUGGUGAAUCGAAUCAUUCUUCAAUUAGCAUAGGCAAAAUAGCAGAUUAGAUAAGCAGGUUAAUUGACAUGAUUGUGUUCCUCUGUAAUUCACUGAUUAUUUCCAGAUUAGUUAUCUGGACAGGUUCGAUCUACAGUAGUUUGCACCUAAUAAACCACAUGUGAGUAACCUGUGUCUCACAAGCUAUAUGCAAACCUUGUUCUUCCUCUAUGUCACUGAUUAAUCAUAGUUUAAGGCUACAUCCAUACUUUGGUUGAUUUUUGCUGUGGCUUAUUGAGAUAUUGGAACUUCCUGAACUAUGGUUUGAAUUGCGGUAUUUCAUGAACUGUAAUGAAACAUGUUUCAUGUGUUUAGCACAGGAAACCAUGAUUAACCUGAGGUUAACACUUUCAAAUUCCUCCUCACAGCUACAGUGGUGGAGACUAGAGAGAAGCAUGCAAGGGUAGGAGAACAGGAAGGCCAUACUGGAUCAGAUUAGAGUCCUAUCUUAUCCAUCAUUCUUUACUGCAGUAGCCCACCAAGUCUAUAAGAAUCCAAAGCAGGAUGUAAAUCCAACAGCAUUUUCCUCAGCAAUUGUUAUUUCUAUUGCUUCAGACACUAGUGUUAAUGUAUAGCAUAGAUGCCCUGGAACUAAGCUUCACAAUGCUAACUAUUAUUUAAUAUUGGAAUGGGGAAUGUGUGGCUUUCCAAAUAAUCAUCACUGCAACUUCUAUCAUUGGCCAUGAUAUCUAAGGCUGGUGGAAGUAUGGCUAAGCAAUAUCUGGAGAGCCAUACAUAUUCUGCACCUGAUUUCAUGUUACAUGCAAAGCAGACCCUUAUGUAGAAGUGGACACCAGUAACAGAUACGCUAUACAGUACUUAAUUGAUUACAGCUAACUCACACACUCAGCACUGUUGGAUUCUCCAGCAUCACUCCUUCAUAGCAUUUUUUAUUUGUUUCCUUUAUCUCCAGUUCCACAGUCUGAUACAUUGAAAUAGUCUAAUUCCUAAAUGGCAUUUCUUCUGGACAGUCUUUGCCUGCUAUUUGCCGAAUGAAAACCAACCAUCUGCGUUUUUGUAAAGUAACAUGCAUGGGGGAGAGGAUAGCAGUGCUAUCUCACAGAGACAGUUCAGAAAUAGAUGGUGGCAGCACAGCCUCCCCUUAAUGUGCUCACAUGUUGGUAAGUUCCAUCUGAAAAAUAAAAGCAGACCUCUUUGCUGAGUCACAGACCUUCGGAGCUGAAGCACAGUAGCUGGAGUUUAGGAAGCCAAGGAAUGGUUAUGGUCUUAGGUGGAAGCAAAGGAAAGUGAGAAAAUGUCGUGGAAGAGAACCAAGGAAUAGAGGAGAACGCAAGGUUCUCUCUGCUUGGGAUUUUGCCCCUCUCGUCACGUUGUCUCACAAUGUCAAAGAAGGGUGCCAGCUUUCGAGCUAAAGGAGAAAGACCGGAUGCCUUAGCUGCCUUGCAAGCUGCUAAUGAAGACCUCAGGGCAAAACUCACAGACAUUCAGAUAGAGCUCCAGCAAGAAAAGAGUAAGGUCAGCAAAUUGGAGAGGGAGAAAAACCAGGAAGUGAGGCAGAUCAAAGAACACGAACAGCAUAAAAACAUAGUGAAUGUAACAGAACUCAAGGCCAAACUUCAUGAAGAAAAAAUGAAGGAGCUCCAGGCUGUUCGGGAAGGACUUUUAAGACAGCAUGAAGCUGAGCUUCUUAGAGUCAUAAAAAUUAAAGAUAAUGAAAUUCAAAGACUACAGGCCUUGCUUAAUGCCGUACGGGAUGGAACGCCUGAUAAGGUUAAGACUGUCCUCUUCGCCGAAGCAAAGGAAGAGGCCAAGAAAGGAUUUGAAGUUGAAAAAAUCAAAAUGCAGCAGGAAAUUUCAGAGCUUAAGGGGGCUAAAAAACAAGUGGAAGAGGCUUUAUCUGUGGUCGUGCAAGCUGACAAAAUUAAAGCGGCAGAGAUAAGGAGUGUGUAUCACCUUCACCAAGAAGAAAUCACCAGAAUAAAGAGAGAGUGUGAACGAGAGAUUCGCAGAUUGAUGGAGGAGAUCAAAUUUAAAGACAGAGCAGUCUACGUGCUGGAAAGAGAGUUAGGGGUUCAAGCCGGGCAUGCUCAGAGACUUCAGCUCCAAAAGGAGGCUUUAGAUGAACAACUUUUCCAGCUCAGAGAGGCUGACCGGCAUCUGAGCAGCCCCAAGCGGGAACUUCCUCAUGCAAGUGGUGCAGGAGAGACUUCAGAGCAAUCAGGAAGUCCUGAACAGCAGUUGGAUGAAAGAGAUGCUCGGCGCUUCCAACUUAAAAUAGCUGAACUAAGUGCAAUCAUCAGGAAACUGGAAGAUCGGAAUGCAUUAUUAUCGGAGGAACGGAAUGAACUUCUGAAACGUCUAAGAGAAGCUGAGAGCCAGUACAAACCAUUGCUAGAUAAAAAUAGACGUCUAAGUAGGAAGAAUGAAGAUUUGUCCCAUGCCUUACGUCGUAUGGAAAAUAAACUAAAAUUUGUAACCCAAGAAAAUUUAGAAAUGAGACAAAGGGUGAGGACGAUAAGAAGACCAAGUUCUUUAAAUGACCUUGAUCAGAGUCAAGAUGAGAGAGAAGUUGAAUUUCUGAGGUUACAGAUACUUGAGCAGCAAAACAUCAUAGAUGAACUUUCAAAGACUCUAGAAACAGCUGGCUAUGUGAAGAGUGUAAUAGACCGGGACAAGCUUUUACGUUACAGGAAGCAAAGAAAGAAAUUUGCAAAAUUUCCCAAGAAGCCAGUUGUGGAGACAUUUUUUGGGUACGAUGAAGAAGCUUCCCUUGAAUCUGAUGGGUCUUCUAUCUCAUAUCAAACUGACCGAACAGAUCAGACACCCUGCACACCUGAUGAUGAUUUGGAAGAGGGCAUGGCAAAAGAAGAAACAGAAUUGAGAUUCCGGCAGCUAACAAUGGAGUAUCAAGCACUACAGAGAGCAUAUGCCCUAUUGCAAGAACAAGUUGGAGGAACGUUGGAUGCAGAACGAGAAGUUAAGACCCGUGAACAGCUUCAAGCAGAAAUCCACAGAGCUCAAGCUCAGAUAGAAGACCUAGAAAAGGCACUUGCUGAGCAAGGACAGGACAUGAAGUGGAUUGAAGAAAAGCAGGCACUGUACAGAAGAAACCAAGAACUAGUAGAAAAGAUAAAACAAAUGGAGGUAGAAGAGGCUCGGUUAAAACAUGAUGUUCAAGAUGCUAAAGAUCAAAACGAGCUCUUGGAAUUUAGAAUACUAGAACUUGAAGAAAGAGAAAGAAGAUCUCCAGCUAUCAAUUUUCAUCACAUUCCUUUUACUGAGGGGAAAAGUCCCCUACAAGUAUAUUGUGAGGCAGAAGGUGUAACAGAUAUACUAGUAGCAGAGUUGAUGAAAAAACUGGACAUUUUAGGGGAUAACGCCGUAAGUAACUUAACAAAUGAAGAGCAAGUAGUUGUCAUACAAGCAAGAACAGUUUUGACACUGGCAGAAAAGUGGUUGCAGCAGAUAGAAGUAACAGAGUCAGCAUUACAGCAAAAGAUGAUAGACCUGGAAAAUGAAAAGGAACUGUUUAGUAAACAAAAGGGAUAUUUGGAUGAUGAACUUGAUUACAGGAAACAGUCUUUAGAUCAAGCACAUAAGCACAUUCUGGAAUUGGAAGCCAUGCUUUACGAUGCCCUACAGCAGGAAGCAGGAGCCAAAAUGUCAGAAAUUCUUUCAGAAGAAGAGAGAGACAAGCUGAGGAAUGCAGUGGAACAGUGGAAGCGGCAAGUUAUGAGUGAACUCCGAGAAAGGGAUUCCCAGAUUCUUCGAGAAAGAAUGGAACUCAUUCAGCAUGCACAACAGAGGAUUAAAGAGCUAGAAGAAAGAAUUGAAGCUCAAAAGAGACAAAUAAAGGAAUUAGAAGAAAAGUUUUUGUUUUUAUUUUUAUUUUUCUCUUUAGCUUUCAUCCUUUGGUCAUAAUACACCCAUCCACAUGCAAGAGCCAAGAAAGAUGGAACAACAUAACAGUAAUUGUCAAGGUUGUUGGGGAAAAGACAUUGUCAUUUUAAGAAACUGGACUGCAUCCUGUAUUUGGCAUUGAAAACUAUAGACCUAAUCUUUUUGACCAUUUUUAUAAUGAAGAUGAAGAAUAUGCGUGGAUUUUAUUUUGAAGUGAAGUCUGAUCUUCUGACAAGUAUAACACUAUAACUUUUUACAAACUAGUAUUAGAACAGUAAAAGAAGAAGCCAAAAAAUGAAAGGCUUAUCUGCAAGAAGCCUCCUCUUUGCUGCUCAAAACAACUUCAGCUUUACAUGAAAAGCAGUAAACUCAUUCAGAUGAAAUGAGUGUAUUCUGGCUCCCUGCUAAGCAGGCAGUAAACUACUUCUGUCAAGAAGUAAACAUGUCCUGUUUUGUAAUUCUGUCCUUUGUACUGUUAUUCUUAGUUGCAUUAAUACACAUCUUGAGAUUUGAAAGAGUUCCAAACUAGUCAGUGGUGAAUAUUUGAGUGGUUGAAUGAAUGGAAACAUAAAAUGUAUUCCAAAACAUUUCCAGUCACUGGAAAUGGGAUUCUAAAUGCAAUUAAAUGGGCAGUGAUAGUUUAUGAAAUAUCUGUUUCUGUCUCACAACAUGUGAUAUGUGAUAUUGUUUACUUAUAACCCCCAGAAAUUAAUGAUGUUGGUAAUAAAGUUUGGAAUUCUUUAAAAAGGUUCCAAGUUUCAUUUUGCUCUGAAAUUUCAAUGAAGCUUGUUUACAGAACUUGCAAGGGGGGAAAAUGGCACAGUACAUACUACACUUAAAUUCCUAGGUAUCUUUGUCCCAAAAAAGAAGCCAAAACAAAAAAGCAGGAGAAAAACUGAAAGCUAAAGAGAUAUGGAGCUAUAAUGUUGACAAUGGAAAAUUUUCAGACUAAGAAAAUAAUAAAGCACAAGCAGCAAAUAAAAACGGAUCUUUUCGACUGAAUAUUUCUAAAAGUGUCAGUUGUAAAUUAAGAAGCAAAGAAACUGUGAAAGGAAGCAGAAAGACACACAUAAAACUGUCAAGAGAAAGUCAACUGUGUGCCAAAAGAAGAUUUACAAGCGGAUAUAACAAAAAGCAUUGAUGUUCUCCAGCUAUUGUUCUCAAGAAGGAGGGAAGAAGAUCGAGACAACAUACCUGUUCUCCCAGACCAGAAGUGAUCCUGACUUUCAAGGAGUUACACAAAGAUUCAGAUCAGAAAGCGAACACUGCAAGAUCUAACUAAAUAUGGCUUAAAGGAGAACCAUCUCAUAAAAUAUGAAAAUCCCAGGAAACAAAAACAAAUACUCAUUAGAAAACCAUAUGGUACUUGCUGUUUGUUGGAGGCUUUUUUAAAAGCUUAAUUCUACUUACAAGCUUAUAAUUUGAGGCGACCCGGCACUUCCCAAAUCUGUACUGAUGUUACAUUUGGAAACUGUUUUUAUUUGUAAAGCUGAACCCUAAAAUGAUAUUUCUACUUGUAUGUGUUAAUCUAUUGAGCUAGGAGCCUACAAUGUAGAUGAAUAUAUCGAUGAGAGAGGAAAAGUAUAUAGCCCAUUCCAAUAACAUAUUGACAACAUUGUCUUGUCUUAAAUAAGACAAUGUUGCCUGCCCUGGUUUUCAUUGUUUUCUCCGAUUUGGGUUGUAAUAUAUAUACGAUGAUUUUGCACUGUUAUAUUGUGUUAUGAUUUGCUGUUUAUUUUGUUAUAUUGUAUGGUGUCUGGGCAUGGCCCCAUGUAAGCCGCCCCGAGUCCCCAUAGGGGAGAUGGUGGCGGGGUAUAAAUAAAGUUUUAUUAUUAUUAUUAUUAUUAUUAUUAUUAUUAUUAUUAUUAUUAUUAAAUAGAAUAUAUUCUAAAUUAGGAGCUGACUGCUGCUGCAUAAAAGUAACAAACAGGAAAUCUGGCUGCUUCAUUAUAAGUAAACUGACUAAUUGGAAACCAGUACAAAGGACAUCAAUAAUUUCAUAAGCAUUAAAAACUGUCAGACUUUUUUUAUUUCUAAAUACAACACAAUCCAGUUGAAGGUAAGCACCUGUCUGCAUAAACCUUCGCAUGUUUACUCAUAAGUGGCACUUCAGCUGAAGUCUUAAACAUGCCUACAAAUAUGUAAGCUCAAUUGAGUAAGAUCCAAGUAGAAAUUCACUUGAACCGUGGGAAUUUUCCAUUCUCUUUGUAACUCUAUCUGCCCCUAUAACUUCUACAAGUGCUUUCCCGACUAUCUGGACCAGAGUUUCUUUCCGGGCUCUUUUAGAAGGGAGACCAUUCCUUUACACUACAUUGACAGAAGCUGGAAGAUUUAAUUGAGUAUCACUCAAUUAAGUUAAGCACUUUUGUCAUGCCGCUUAAGUGCUUAACCCAGUGAAACUUAUGCACUAGUAAAUUUACACAGGACUACACCUUUUUAACUGCCAUGUGGAUUCAGUGAGAGUUUAAGGCUUCAGCUCUGUGCUUGUUAUGUCCCAGUAAGCUUAGUAAGACUGAUUUAUGACUAGGUCCAUAGAGGACUUCUAAGCACACACCUCGCUCUCACUGAUCUCAGAAGUGUACACAUUAAAACAACAUAUACAUCUGACUGGAUUAUGCCCAUAGUUCAGUGAAAAUAUAGACAUUGAAGGUUAUCCCCAAAUUUAUGCUCACUUUUGUCUCUUGUAAGAUGGGCUUUUUUCCUAGUGGUUUUCAUCUCAGAAGGACCCAAACUGGUAACUGCUCCUCUCAAAUGCCUUUUUGAACUUGUGGAGCUGAAUAAGCCCAUGCACAGUGACUAUUGUGCUUGCAGCAUAAAUCUUUAUGCUUGGAUUAGCCUGGUUCUGCCACUCCUUCAACAAAGAUCAGCUUUUAGUGCAUAUCCAGAGUUUCCUCUGCAAAACAGAGUUUCCUCUGUGCAUGCGAUGUUGCCUUUAAAACAAAGGGAGAAGCCUGCUUUUGUGGAAACUCAACACAUGCACUCAAACAAAAGUUACACUGGGUGGCAAAUAUGAGUUCAAAUUAACAUAUUCACGUUUGACAUGUACUGUGUGUUAUGCAGGCAUCUUUUUAAAUGCAUUAUAUUAAAAUGUCUUAUUGUACAGCAGUGAUUGGGGAGACAGAUGCUGUUAUUGGCCUGGAUAUGCAUGGUAAUAUAGGAUGUACUGGACAGGAUCUGAGAAUGUAAAGACGAAUAUAUUUGAAAACUGGUUGGAGUAGUUGUGUGUUUUCCGGGCUGUAUGGCCAUGUUCCAGAAGUAUUAUCUCUUGACGUUUCACCCACAUCUAUGGCAGGCAUCCUCAGAGGUUGUGAGGUAUAGCGAAAAACACACAACCACCCUGUGAUCCCGGCCAUGAAAGCCUUCGACAACACACUGGUUGGAGUACUUUUCUUUCUCAGCUAUGUUGCAUGCUGUAUAUAUGUUUUGGAAUCCAUUUCCUUGCCCUGCAUCUGUCAGUUAUCUCCUUUUCUUCUUUUUCUACAAGCACCACUCUAUCUGUAUAGAAUGGAUGUAAACAAGCAUGUAAAUAUGUGAUGUAAAGAGGCUUUUGCUUAUAUGGAAACACAUAUUUUGUACCUUGAAGAAUGGGUCAAUGAAGAUUUCCGACACUCGGAGAUCUUGCAUUACAUUGAUACACAAAACUACUUUAUUUUGCCUGACUCUAAAAUUAGGACAGUCCCUCUGGCUUCACAUUUUAAUGUUUUACCCACUAUGUAGAUGGUGACACAUAACACAUUCAAUAACUUCAAGAUAUGUAUUGUACUACAUAUUAAUUUUGAAUUCAACUUUUUAAGUAAAGUGAGGGGAAUGGCAUUUGUGAUCUCACUCAUAUUGUAGCCUUCUGCCUAUUAACUAGGAGAAAGCACCCAUAGAUUGAUUGAACUUACUUGUGAAUAAAUGUGACCAGGUUAUUUAAUCCUAAAGUGAACUGUUCCAUCACAUUGGGGAUGAGAUUCCAAAAGCAUGACAUUAUGGCAAUGUCUUAAUAAGACAUGUCUUUCAAGACCUCUCCAUGCAGUAAAUAAUAUUGCUUCCUCUUCUUUGAAUUUGACUUAUAGCAAGUGUGCCAAAAAGGUGGCCAUCAAUACUUUAAGGUAUAAAACUACAAAUCCUAAUAGAGUCAUGAGUGUUGAGUAUUUGUUAUAUUACACUGACAAGGUGUAACCAAUACUUGUCACUGUAGCACAGCCUAAUUGACUUCAGUGAUUGGAAAAUACCAACUUACCUACUUUAAUCCCUCAGUUUCACUUCUGAUACAAUAAAAAUAACCUACUUUAAUAACAUGCAAUUCUAAUAGAGUUUCUCUGACAUAUAAACAAAGGGAAGAUCAUAUGAACUGAAUUUAUUUGAACAGGAAUUUAUGAAUGAAAGCUCUAACACAUGUUAAAAGUUCUUUGUACAUAAGAAACCUAACAUUUCCUCCCACAUCUCACUGCAUGUACUCCUGAGAAGAUGAGGGCCAUGUUUGAAGCAACUCACAGUGAUGCUUUAAUUGAAUUAACAAGAUUCAAUAUGGAAAAAUUGGAAGAAAAUAGAGAGAGAGAGAUCAUAUUAAAUGUAACACCAGAAUCUCAGGAAAGCCUUAACUCUGCAUCAUGCUCACAACUAUAUUGCACAUGGCUUUUCCUUGUUAGUUUCAGAACAUGUAUAUUCUGGAUCAAUUUUUUAAUUAUUGUGUCUGAACUAUAAUCCAUUUGAAUUGUUGCUUACUUUGUCAGUAAAUGUGUGUUGUAUAUUGCAGGUUUAUGCCUGUGAUUCAAGCUGUUGAAGGACUGUGGUUGUUAUUUAAAAGUAUUCAGCCCAUUUAAUAUCUGUAACCUUCACUAUAUCCCCGAGUGCCUUACACAGCUUGCUAACAUAAAUAUGUGUAGUCACAAAGAGAGAAAAAUACAAAUGAAAGUUAUUUUUUGGUGGUUGGGUGCCAAAUUUUCUUGCAUCUGUAAUGACACCAUUAAAUCCUUAUAGUUUGGAAUGUGUACCUGAACAGAAAUUGAUUUAGUUUAGGCUCAGGAAAUCAUAUCGUAAAUAUGUAUAGCACAUUUCCAUAUUUAUUGUACAGUUUAUUUAAAUAUCUGUUGUAAAUGUCUGUAAAAACCAAACACAUCGACAGUAGAUUUCUUCCAUGGUAUAACUAUGCCAUGCUCUACUUGUGUUUUCUAAUGUAAUCUCAUAAUAAUCAUAUCUUAAAUACUUAAACGUUUUGUUCUGUGCUAAAGAGAUAAUUUAUGGGCCUAAAAUAGGCUUAUAUGUACAAAAUUUUACACAUAUUUUUGUAUUGUGGUUCAUAAUAUAAUAUAUAAAUAUAUCUCAGAGACUUUCUAUUCAUUUGUAAAGUACAUAAAUUAUUGUAAACUUUUAAUUAAAAAUGUCUUUUAAAUCAA